ACAAGACAUGGGUAGACAACGGGAAAGGAUGUGAUUCCUGGGGACAGCAAGGGUGCCUUGCAUGGUGCAUACGCGGGUGUAGAGCUCGAGCCUGAAUCUAAGGCAUCGAUUGAACGUUGACUUUGCCUUGGGUGUGUCGGCUCCGCGACACGGCUAGCGGGUUAGUACCUUAGUACCCGCGUUGGGCGGCGGCUAGUGGCUGAAGUGCCCUGCAUGUCAUUAUGGAAUCAUGAGAUAAUUGAUUAUUCGAUGGGGACAAUAACAAUGGAAACACAUGAAAAACAGCCGAGCGUCCAGGAAUUCAAAUCACGACUUAGCGGCGCAGUGGAUAUCGGGGAGAAACCGGAGGAUGAAAAGACUUGUGAGACACAAACAGUCAAACACGCCAAAAAGAUGGGGCAGGAUCAAUGGUUUCCCCGGCCCCGCCGUGUGAGGAUGACGACACGGCCGGAUGCCCAUCGCUCCUUCCCUCCUCUUCCAUGCCCGGGCAGGGCAGAGAACAACGCCGAUCGACUCCGCCGCGUCAUGAGAGUAUUACCAUAUAUAGUACCACUCCGUCCUUCGUCCGGACUGCCUUUCGAUCCGAGCACCGAACAGGAGAGAAAAAAAAAAAAGAAAAAGAAAAAAAGAGAGCCACGAACUCAUGUCCGCGGCAGUUCAUGCUCAUCCAGGCAACAACACGAACCACCAUGGCUUGUCCCCGGCCAUGGUUGCCUGGGUGUCUUCCCAGAUGAUCAGCAACACCGGCGGGGGGGAUAACGCAAUCCUAGCCACGGUGGUGGCCUGGCGUUCUCGGCUCUAUAAGCUUUCCCCAGGCAUCCCUUUUCUUUUACCCCGUACUUGCAUGAUUUUGAUGACCCUGGACUAUAAUCAUAAUAAUAAUAAUAAUAAUAACAAUAGUAGGAUGUAGCUGCCUCUAGUACCCCUGGUCGCUGCAGUGCGUCG